AUCUGGAUUUUGGGGGCUCUGAGCACAUUUAAAACCAGUUUUAGGCCGGGUUUAGGGCAGAGCAGCCCCUCGCCUCUGGGAUUUCUGGGAAGCUGCCACGGACUCAGCUCCAUCUCCUGAGGAUCCAGAAUUCCAAACAAAUUCCAAACAAAUUCCAAACAAACUCCAAACAAAUUCAUCUCCGGCUUUUCCAUCCCGAGGAGCUGCUUGGAACCUUCUGGAAUUUGGAUUUUUUGGACAAAAAUCCGCUUGGAUCCUCCUGAAAUUUGGAUUUUUUGGACACAAAUCUGCUUGGAUCCUCACCUGCUUAAUUCUGGAUUUAUUUUUAGAGACAAAUCUGGGUUUUUUUUUGCUCCUGAAGGAUUUUACACCUUGAUCCUGACCUGGCUAAUUUGGAUUUUUUUGACACAAAUCUGAUUUUUUUUUAUUGCUGACUGCUUGGAUCCUUCUCACCUGCUGAAUUCUGGAUUUAUUUUAGAGACAAAUCUGGUUUUUGUUGAUCCUGAAGGAUUUUGCACCUGGCUCCUUGACCCCAACCUGGUAAAUUCGGAUUUUUGGACACAAAUCCAAUUUUUUUGUUCUGGAUCAUUUUCCUGCUGUCUCCUUGACCCCGACGUGGUAAAUUUGGAUUUUUUGGACACAAAUCCGGAUUUUCCUUGGUCCUGGAUCAUUUUCCUGCUGUCUCCUUGACCCCGACCUGGUAAAUUUGGAUUUUUUGGACACAAAUCCGGAUUUUCCUUGGUCCUGGAUCAUUUUCCUGCUGUCUCCUUGACCCCGACGUGGUAAAUUCGGAUUUUUUGGACACAAAUCCACUUUUUCCUUUCUCCUGGAUCAUUUUCCUGCUGUCUCCUUGACCCCGACCCGGUAAAUUUGGGUUUUCUGGACCCCAGUCGCCUUUCCCUGGCUGCCGCCAUGCCGGGCCGCUGGCUGCUGCUGGCGCUGCUGUGCCACCAGCUGUGUCCCCGCGCGGUGGCCGCGGCCAGGAAGGACAGGAGGGGCAGGAAGGAGCAGCCAGAGCCCCCCAGCGCCUCCCUGGCCAACGGCGACGAGCAGCCCCAGCUCGCGGAGGCCGCGGACGCGCGGCUCACGGACCCGCGCAGGACCUGGAUCUCCUUCGUGCACCGCCCGGACGACGGGAAGAGCUCCAAGAGGAGAUGCAAAGGGAAGGACAAAAAAUUGCGAGGCCUGGUGGGGCCUCCGGGGCCUCCUGGGCCUCAGGGGCCUCCAGGAGCUCCUGGGGCUGAAGUCACCAGGGAAGUUCUUCUGCAGGAGUUCAAGGAGAUCUUGAAAGAAGCCCUGGAGCACAGGGCCUCCCUGGCCACCUCGGCCCACCCCAGCCAGCUGCCCCCGCUGCUGCUGUCCCUGGAGGAGCUCCCGUCCCGGCGGCGCGUGGAGGAGGCGUUCCACUGCAAGCUCAAGGGCCAGGUGCUGGUGGACAAGAAGACCUUGGUGGAACUCCAGAAUUUCCAGUCGCCCCUGGCCAAGGGCGCGUUCCUGCGGGGCUCGGGGCUCAACCUGGCCACCGGCCGCUUCACCGCCCCCGUGGGCGGCAUCUACCAGUUCUCAGCCAACGUGCACAUCGACCACAGCGAGCUGAAGAGCAAAGUGCAGCUGCGGGCGCGGGACAGCGUGCGGGUGCUGAUCUGCAUCGAGUCCCUGUGCCACCGGCACACGUCCUUGGAAGUCAUUGCUGGCCUGGAAAGCAACAGCAAAAUCUUCACUGUUUAUGUGCAUGGCUUGCUGCAGCUGCAGGCUGGCCAGUACACCUCCAUCUUCGUGGACAACGGCGCCGGGGCUGCCGUCACCGUCCAGCACGGAUCCGACUUCAUGGGAAUGCUGCUGGGAGCCUAGCGCCAGCAGGGCCGGCCCCAAUCCCAAAAAUCCC